AUCUCUAACCUAGAGUUGACAGAGUUACCUCGUAGUUACUCAAGGAGGGUUAGGGGUUUGUUGAAUUAGGGUUUAUCAAUACAAAACAAAGAUGAGAUUCAAUGAUAUUCCUUGAUAUCAAUUUUGCCCAGGGAGGCGGACGACGAGGAGGAGUGGAGGAGCAACACUGCAACGAAUAAUGGCUCCAAAGAGAGGGGUGAAGCCCGCGGCGCCGGCGAAGAAGAAGGUGGCCAAGGUGGUCAAUCCUUUGUUUGAGAAGCGGCCGAAGCAGUUUGGGAUUGGUGGAGCUUUGCCGCCCAAGAAGGAUCUGCAUCGCUUCGUCAAAUGGCCUAAGAUUAUACGCAUCCAACGCCAAAGACGCAUUCUGAAGCAGCGCCUCAAGGUCCCCCCUGCACUAAACCAGUUCACCAAAACCCUCGACAAGAAUCUGGCAUCAAACCUAUUUAAGAUGCUUCUGAAAUACAGGCCAGAAGACAAAGCUGCAAAAAAGGAAAGACUUUUGAAGAAGGCACAGUCAGAGGCAGAAGGAAAACCCAUUGAAGUCAAGAAGCCCAUUGUUGUGAAAUAUGGUAUCAACCAUGUAACGUACCUUAUUGAACAGAGUAAAGCUCAAUUGGUUGUAAUUGCACACGAUGUUGAUCCCAUAGAGCUUGUAGUGUGGCUCCCUGCACUUUGUAGGAAAAUGAACAUUCCUUACUGCAUUGUCAAGGGGAAAGCACGGCUUGGAACUAUUGUGCACAAGAAAAAUGCCACUGCUCUAUGCUUGACAUCUGUGAAGAAUGAAGACAAGAUGGAGUUUAGCAGGAUUGUUGAGGCGAUAAAGGCCAACUUCAAUGAUAAGUUUGAUGAAUACCGACGACAAUGGGGAGGUGGCGUUAUGGGCUCCAAGUCUCAAGCGAAAUCGAAGGCCAGGGAAAAACUUUUGGCCAAGGAGGCAGCACAAAGGCUGACUUAGGUUCUUAUUUUGAAUAGUUUAUGAACAUGUAUCCCAAAUUUGUUUUAGAGGGGUGAAAGAGUUAUGAAUUUUAAUCUCGUGUUGAUGAUCACUGUUUCCCAUUAAAUUUUCUUUGUACUGAAGAGUAUAAAUUUAAUUUUUCCUUUUUUAUGGUUAA